AGGGGCGAGCAGAGGGAGGGAAGGUGCUGAGGAGAGAGAGUGUUUUUGUGACCGUCACCGAGCAGCAGAGGGACAGCAAACAACAAGCACCAAGCUCGAUCAAAGAGACAGCUGACAAAAAAAAAAAAAGGCAAGCUGGAAAAAAAAAAAAAAUCUACCAGAGACUGCCAUUUCUUGUAAGAGGCAGCUCAAAGCUGACACAGACAGGUGCAAACUCCUGCUAUAUUGACUAAAGACAUUGGAAAGAAGAAAGUAAAAUCUCAUCUUUCCUAUAUAUUCUAAUAGCAAAGGCUGGUUUGAUGAGAACUUCAGAGGGUAUAACCUGCCCAAAGAAAGUCAUUAGCAGAGAGUAGCUGAGAAGAAACAUUGCUGGCUCAUAGAAGUGGACUUUGUAACCACAGUUGUUGUUUAUUGUCAGUGGCUGUCUCAUCUUCCUUGGGCAAUAAGUGGUUGACAUUUCUGCAGCAGAACUAUUGACAAAAAAAGAAGCAGAAAACACUUUUCAUUUUCCAACCACCUGUAAUCAUCAAGAAAAUGGCAGAGAAUUCAUCUUCCGCGCCGGCUGCAAAACCCAAGAGGUCUAGGUCAGCCAAGAAGUCCACUGACCAUCCAAAGUACUCUGACAUGAUUGUGGCAGCCGUCCAGGCAGAGAAGAGCCGGUCUGGUUCCUCUCGCCAGUCCAUUCAGAAGUACAUCAAGAACCACUACAAAGUAGGCGAGAAUGCAGAUUCGCAAAUUAAGCUGUCCAUUAAAAGACUGGUGACCUCUGGAGAACUCAAGCAAACCAAGGGUGUGGGUGCAUCUGGCUCAUUCAGGUUGGCCAAGGCUGAUGAAGGCAAGAAGCCAGUCAAGAAGCCCAAGAAGGAAAUCAAGAAAGUUGCUUCUCCCAAAAAAGCUGUUAAGCCCAAGAAGGCUGCCAAGUCUCCGGCAAAAGCCAAGAAGCCCAAAGUGGCAGAAAAGAAAGUUAAGAAACUGGUCAAGAAGAAACCUGCCCCCUCUCCCAAAAAGGCCAAAAAGGCAAAGACUGUCAAAGCUAAACCUGUUAAGGCAACCAAGGUAAAGAAGGCCAAACCCUCCAAACCAAAGGCAAAAGCCAGCCCAAAGAAAUCUGGAAGGAAGAAGUAAAGGCAGCUCCUCCAGUCACUGGACAGCUCCUAAUGACUUUUGUACAUACUUUUAUAACCUUUAACUCUUUCUCCUUCAGUGCAACUUUAUAAUGAUGAUCAGCUUCCCCGAAAUUCCUAAGGACACUGUGUAUUUAUGUAAAGAUUAAAAAAGAAACAUGUUUUUUUGGGGGGGAGGGGGCGGGGAGAAAAGGGGUUUUGUUAAGAGUGGAGGCAUUAUUUUGAGUUAUCUGCACUAAUGUUGACACAUCUAUAAUUUUGGACACAUUCUGCUACAGGUUUUUUUUUAUUGCUAAUCACAUUUAUAUGCUGAUUUAAAACAUAGCUGGAGAAAAAAACAUUUCCAGCCUGGGAUUAACUAAUUACACAUUUUACAAUCCAGGUUUGCAAAGUGAUAUCAAUUCAAGGAUAUAAUUUGCACAGAACUAAUUUUGUAAUGCUAUCUGUAAAGAACUAUCUAUAAUGCAUCUCUUGAGGGGGAGGGUUUGCUAGUUGAGUACAGGAAAUUGGAAUGUAUAGUAUACUAGGUUAAUUAAUGGAAAGAUAACUGUUUAGCCAUUACACCAUAGGUACUGUACCUUACUUCUGAAAUAGAUUGUGUGGUAAUCAUUAGCCUCUGAGAGAAAAAAAUGCUACUCUGAUCAGUUCCCGGUCUCCUUUUAAUUUCAUGUAAUGGAGUUAUAGCACACAUGAUCAGUUUUCUAAAUCACUUAUUAAAAAUAGUGUUUAUGGCAUACAUAUUUACUGGAGUUAUUCACUAAAUUCAAUGUAGGUCAUGUAAAAUGCUUAUAUUUUUGACUGGAUUGGUGUUCAAAUUAUUGUUUUAUUAUUUAUAUAGGGCUAGCAAAUUCUGUAGCGCUGUACAAUGGGUGGACUAACAGACCCGUAAUUGUAACCAGACAAAUGGACGCACAGGAACAGAGGGGUUGAGGGCCCUGCUCAAUGAGUUUACAUGCUAGAGCUUAUGUUUAGCACUACUGAAAAGUCUGGCCGUAAUAUAUAAUUACUGUUUGUGGUAAUCAAAAUGGCCAUGCUUUGGCAUGCAAAGUCAUAUUUGGUUUAGUAGAAAACUUUUCAUUUCAGGGCCCUCGUGUAAAGGCAUAGUACUACAAAUGUUAAAUCUUUACAGCCUCAUGUUUCGAAGCAAGUAAAUUAGAAAUUAUUAUACAAGUUUAUUUUUAAGUACACAAGUUGUAACUAAUUUUUAAAAUAUGGGACAGUAGCAAAUGUUAGAAUCAUUAAAAAAAAACUGUUUUCUAAUGUGUGUGUAGUUUAGCAUUAAAGAGAUCCACUUCUUUGUAAUCAGUAAUUUAAAUAAAAAUAAUAUAAAGAAA